AUGGAUACGAGUAACGAUAACAACAAGAGAACGAUAGAUGAAUCCUGUUCAACUGAUCAACCAACAAUCAGCAGCACAACACAAUCAGAAGAUCAACCAAUUGCAUCAAUAGUAGAAGGAACGAAUGACACAACAACAUCAGCAGCAGCAGCUCAGUCAAAGAAACUAAAGACUAACACCACCCAAGUCGAAGAAGAUGAAGAAGAGUCUGGAGGUGAUGACGAUGGUGGCGAAGACUUUGAUGAUGAGAAGCAAAAGCCAAGGGGACGUGUUGCUCCACCAAUGCUGACCAAGGAGCAGUUGAUCGAAUUGCAGACGCCACACAAGAUCACAACAGCUGACACCAAGAAGAAGAAGGUUGUCAUUUGUGUAGGUUACUCUGGAACAAAUUACAAGGGAAUGCAAAAGAACCCUGGAUGUCCAACCAUUGAGGAGGAAAUGGAGAAGGCAAUCUUCAAGGUGGGUGGCAUCACCCCAGACAACAUGUACAGUCACAGGAAGAUCGAUUGGAUCAGAUGUGCCAGAACUGACAAGGGUGUGUCCGCUCUGAGGAACAUGGUCUCGUGCAAACUAGAGUAUGAUCCACCCACUUUGGAAGAGAUGAAGGAUGCGAUCAACAAGCAGUUACCAUCAGACAUCCACAUCUUUGGCAUCAAGCGAGUGAACAACACAUUCCACGCCAAGAACUGUGUCGAUCGCAGACAAUACGUCUACAUCACACCGACCUUCUCCUUUGAGCCAAUCUACGCCACCAACCGACCAGCCACAUUCAAGUUUGACGAGAAGGAGCGUGAGAGAGUUAACAAUGUCCUCAAGCUAUUCCUUGGAACACACAGAUAUCACAACUACACCUCCAAGAAGGAGAGCAACGAUCCAUCUGCCGUCAGAACAAUCAAUUCAUUCGAGUGUACAGAACCAUUCGUACUGGAAGGCAUUGAGAUGGUUGCGCUGAACAUCACAGGACAGAGCUUCAUGUUGCAUCAGAUUCGUAAGAUGGUUGGUGUCACUAUGCAGUUCUUGCGCAAAGGCUACUACUAUGAUAUGGCAUCGGAGGAGGAGGCCAUCGAGACGAUGAGGAAGCAGGUCGAAGCCACAUUUGCACACAAGCAAUUCAACUUGCCUAUGGCGCCAGGUGCCGGUCUCUUGUUGGAUCGUUGUCUGUACGAGAUAUGGACACAGAAGUUUGGCAGUGUGCAUGGCGAUCUGCUGUUUGACGACAACAAGGCCGAGAUCGACGCCUUCAAGUAUGGCACGGUGUACAAAGAGAUUGCAGACUUUGAGGCCAAGCAACAGCUGUUCACCAUUUGGUUCAAAGAGUGUUUGGAUCCAUACCCAUUGCCCUUCAACGAUUUGAUAGAGACCUUUAACAAUCCACCACCUGCGCCCCCAAGAAAGAGACAACAGCAAAAGGGUCCAAGAGAUCGUGUGCCACACUAUCGUCAAAUUAAGUAUUUGGGAAGACCUGAUGAGAACAACACUACUACAACUACUACAACUACGACUAUGGCUACCGCUACCUCCACUGCCAAUCAAUAA